UCGGAUGAGAUCGUCGGCGGCAGAGGAGGAGCAGAGGAAGGCGGGCGGCGGAGAAGAGGAUCGGUGAGCGGAGGGCGGGAUGGGCGGGAGGUGGGAGAGGAUGGACGGGACGGCAGCUCACGCCCACGGCGGCUCCCGCGGUGGCUCCGGCUGUCCCACGGCGGCUCCCGCGGCGGGGGCGAGUGGUGGAGGUGGAGUGGCGGCGGCCAAGCUACGGCGGGGCUGCUCCGGCGGCAGGGGAGGCUCCCGACGAGCCGCGGCUGGGGAGGAGGAGGAGGCCGUGCGGCUGGGGAGGCUCCCGGCGACCCGCGGCCGCUUCCCGUGGCUCCGGCGGCGCGAGGAGGCGGUGAAGGGCGCGACGGCGGGAGGCGAACGACGCGGCUGCGGGAGGAGGAGGUCAUGCGGGAGAAGGAGGAGGUCGUGCGAGUGGGCGGUUUCCUUUCUUUUUUACUGCAGGACAUUGAUAGACUGUGGCUUAUUCCGUGGUUGA